AUGGCGAAAAGGGCCGGAAAAAGGGACGCGCGAAAGGGUGGUGAAGGAGGAAAAGCUGACACCGGUUUCGUGGACGGCAACAGUGGCGGUGGUGGCCAUGUACUUUACAGGGACAAGCGGCUUAGCCAGCCGUGCCGUCCAAGCAGUACGGCGCUGGGUUCGCUGGACCAACUGAAGGAAUAUCUGACGACAGUGGGAACCUGCAAAUGUGGCCUCGAGUGCCCACUCAGACCCGAACAGGUGUUCAACUUCGACCCCAAGGUUGCGACGCGACCUUGGAGCCCGGAUCAGGGCAAGACGCGGGAGAUGACCAAGCUCUGUAACCAUAAGAGGAAACUUCUGCUGCCGGCUGCAGCCGCCAGUCCUGUUGCGUCCUGUACGCCGGCGGUCUCGUCGUCGACUUUAUCUUCUGGCCCGACAACGGCCUCGAUUCACGCGAACGCCGACUCGCCCACGUCGCCGGAUAAAGCCAGAAAAGAUGGUCUCAGCAAGAAGAAGAAGAGGAAAUUAGGAGGCAUAGGCGGCAUUUAUUCCGGCGUCUCGGUUUCGCAACUUCUGGCACAACGGGAGAGAGCUAUUGCUGCGGUUGCGGCAACUGGAGUUCAAGGUUCACCGGUGCCUAAUGGAUCGCAGGUAUGGCCAAUCGCGAUCCCAAAUCUGCAAGUCCAACAAAACGGACAACAAAUCUGUCAUCAGUCUUUAAGUUCGCCUUCCCAGAAUCAUGACGUGAGCAGUUGUGCGAGAAAUCCUCCGCAGAGGUUAAAUCAACAUAAUAUGUCGGGCAUGCUGAUGAGCAACCCGUUGAUUAUGAAUCAGCAGGGUACAAAUUUUAAUAAUAUGACCCAACAGCAGCAGCAGCUUUUACAGCAGCAACAUCAACAACUUAUACUACAGCAGCAGCAGCAGCAGCAACAGCAGCAGCAGCAGCUUAUUCAGCAGCAUAUAUCACAGCAACAGCAACAAUCACAGCAGUUGUUACCACAUCAGCAGCAGUUACAACACAUGCAAAUUUUACAACAAGAACAACAACAAAACACUGUAGUAAAUCAAUUAGCGCAACAGCAGGCUCCUCAUUAUAUCAAUCAGUUAAAUCAGCAGUCCUUACAUGUAAUGCAACAACAACAGCAGCAUUUAAAUCAACAGCAGCAGCAGCAGCAACAACAAAUGCAUUUGCAGCAAAUUCAAAAACACAAUAUGCAACAGCAUUUAGUUCAGGAAGUGGAUCAACAACAAUCGGCAAAUUACAAUACUCAACAUUCUGUCGAUAAUUAUGCGCAUCACAUGCAGCAGUCACAAAUAUCGAAUCAAACCGUCCUUCAUCCGCAAUUACAUCAACUUCAUCAACAUCAAAUGCAACCACAACAAUCGCAACAGAAUCAACAUGCUAUGCAAUCUCAGUCGACGGAUCCCUUCCAGAUGCAGAUUCAACAGCAGCUACAACAACAGCAACAACAACAGCAACAACAGCAUCAGCAGCAAAUGUCACAAGUGUGCAUUCAGCCGCAAUAUUCAAAUCAACAAUUGAAUCAUCACUCCGUAGACAUUAUGCAACAGCAAACAGGUUCUACCGCCAUGAGCAAUAUCAAUACUAUCGACCUUCAAAAUAGGCAUAACCGAACGUCGUCAGUUGAUGAAGAUCUAAACGCAAAGCAAUUACAACAGCAGCAGCAACUUUUAUUGCAUAAUCAUUCGAUGCAGCGACACCAUGUAGUUCAAAAUGGCGGUUUGCCCAAUAAUCCUCAUGAGAAUGUUCAGCGGAUGUACCAGAAUCAAGUACAAUAUCCGGCACGGAAUUUUGAUUCUUCGAAAGGUACGAAUACGGAUGCCAAGAUGGGACAUCAACAACAGUUUCUAUCCAAUCAUACGGGACGAAGCCCAAACGCCAGUCACACUGUUGAGGUGCAGCAAUCUGGUAUGGGACCAAACGGGCAGUCCGGCAAUAUGCAUUUCAACAAUAGAACACCGCCGUGGCAACAAAAUCGCACUGCGGUUGCAUCCCAUCAACCGUCCGUUGUCACGGUUCAAAAUGUUACCUGCAAUUCGUUUGACCGUGUACCACCGCUUCAUCAUCACAUUCCACAGCCUUCCAAUUGGACGGACGAGGCUGCACGGAAAAAGGUGAAGUCAAAUAAAAUAAUAGUGAAGAAACAGCGACAGCAUAUCGCGGAAUUAUCGAGAACGAACAACGGAUUAGAACAUUCGACACCGAGUUCAGUAGAUGAAUUCAGCGAGAAUAAUCAAUCACAAACUAAUGGUCAGAUAGGUUCGACAUUCAACAGCAGCGGCCCUUCGUUCCUAGAGGAUCCCAGUGGGUACCUCGCUCAGCAAACGGCAUUGCUAAAUAGCACGAUAUCACGACAGACUGGUGUUAGUAGUUCCCAAGUGGGGAUGUUGAACAAUAACUCGAAAGCAUUGUCUCAGACCAAUCAUGGUAUGCAUAUGUCUAAUACUUAUAUUCCUCAACCAAAGCCUUCCUGUAUCGCCAGUCCCACGAGUACCUCGUCAUUCGCUUCCGUAAAAAAUCACGCAACCUCACCGGUUGUUGUACACAGCAGUAUGACACCGACAUCAAGUAGUGGCACGGAUUCUGAAAACAGUCCAUGUCAAGGCUGUGUCACUAGUGCCGAUACACAGUCCUACAUUCAAGAUCAAUAUAAGCAGCAAAUGCAGCGACAGUACCUGAUGCAUACGGAUCAGCGCGAAGAUCCUGUUACUUCGUCGACGUUCGGCGAGCGAUAUCAAACAAACAAUCAAUCACAAGCUGAUUCUAGACCGAUACAAGGUGGUACUGUGAGCACCAGUCAUGGAUCUCCUAUCGGCACAAAUAGUCCGGCUAAUUCGGAUACACCAGCAGCCUCGACACCUGGAAUUUCGCAACCAGCAACCCCGCAGAGUCUUAUCUCAUCACAACCAGCGACACCACAUAGUUAUUCGCAACCACCGACACCUCAUUCCCAUGUCUCGGGCCAAAUGCCAUCGCAGAUACUAACUCCACAAGCGCAACAACAGUUGUCGCAAUCUUUAAUCGGCAGCAUUCAAGAACAAAGAUCAGAAACUCCAAGUUCUGGUACAAUGAGUUCCAGUGGCAUUCCACCUAGUACGUCGCCAUCACAGAUGUCCUCUUCUACAUCAGAUAAUUUAACAUCACAAAUGAAACGACAAAUAACCAGGCAAAAUUCUCUGGAUGGCUAUCAACCUCACCCACAUACUGUUAAUACAGUCUCCAGGAUACCCAUAAAUACUUUUAGCGGAACAUCAUCCGUGAUAACAACUAUGGCAAGCGGUCAUACAGUUAGCAGUAAUACGAUUACAUCUGUGUUAGCUGGAAGAGCAAACACGGCCACUGUUUCCAUAAAUACACCAUCUGCGAUACCAAAUCCUGCUAUACCCAGUCUUCUACCGAAUAAGGUACAGCAUCAGGUACAAUCUACUGUGUUGCCAAAUAUGCCGGGUACUCCAGUUACGACACAUUCCUCUAUUUCACUUAGUCAAUCUUCGACGAUGAGCGUGUCUAAAUCACCGCUUGAAAUGGUUCAGAGUGUUGUUAGUAGUAUACAACAGCAGCAGCAGCAGCAUCAACCACAACAGCAACAUCCUCAACCUAACGUUCAAGUUCAUAAUGUCCUCACCUCAGGUGGUAUAUUGAAACAUCCUGCUGGAUCGACAUUACCACCUGGUCAUAUAUUGGUAUCCAGCGGUGGUCAACUUAUAAUGGCGAGUACUGGAUCGGCUAUCAAUGGCGUGAUGGCGCCUCCUCCACCGAAAAUCAUUUCGAAUGCUAAUUCUAUGCCACCAUUGUCAGUGUCGCCUAUGGUUACCAGCGUGACCGGAGCUGUCAGUCAAGUAAUCCCUGCGGUGGGUGUAGCUCAGCAAGUGAUAGGACAACCCACAGUGCUCGUGAAUACUAUUCAGACUCCAGUAUUGAUUCAACCUGGCGUAAUGACGAUGGAUAGCAUAGGCCAAAACGUGCAGAUACCACAUUUGACGGUUGCUACCGGUAACGUCAUACAAAACACACAGUCAAUUAUUGACGCUAAUCAAGAUGUAUCCAGGACGGUCGGUACCAAUCAAGGCAUGACAGUAAAUCGACAACCAGCGCUAUUAUCGCCGGAAUCAACGAUGACUAAGAAAAAGGCGUAUAAGAAACGGAAAGCGAAUCCACAAACCGUGGCGUCAAUGCUACACAUCGCCUCGUCCCAGCAGAAUACUGGUAUGUUGAUGCAGUCGCAAUCAAAUUUCGCUCAGCAAAACUUUCAGACUCAGAGCAUAGGCGGACCCAUGCUUCAGGCGCUAACUAUUGUACCCGGUAAAGGUGGGGCACCGGCGCAGCUUGUGAUGAACGGUCAGACCGGCGCAGCAUCCGCGCAAUUUAACACUCAACAAAUAAUUACAAAUCCUCAACCAACUCAGCAGAUAAAUCUUCUUCAACCGGUGAACUUAUUAAAUGGCGCAGCCGGGAUGGUUCAGAAUUUUCCCACUAUUCAACAGUUUAUUGUGCCUGGUUUGGGUAGCAUGGUAAUGUCUGCGGACGGAACGGCCACAUUAUUGCAAGAUACGGGUAAUAUUGGAAUGCAGUUUCAAAUACAGAACGUCAAUGGUCAGAACGUAUUGACGCCGAUACAAAGCCAUAGUGGUAUAUUUAAUCCAAGUCAAAGCAUAUUGGCCGCUGGUCCAGCCGGUAUGGUUAUAAGAGCGCCGCAAGCGACUGGUGGGAAGAUAAUACAACAGCAUAGUCCAGGAGCGCAGUUUCUUUCGCCGAAUAGCGGCCAAUUCCUAGUAAAUGGUACAACCUCUUUUGGGAAUCAACUGAGUCCGAUAGUAGCUAAUGUCAGUCCGAACCAGCAAGUGACAUUUAACGCCUCGCAAGUAAGACCGUCAAACAUGCAAGGUCAGCAGGAAUUCAUACAGAUGAAUGGACAAACGUUAAUGGUACCUUGUGCGACCGCACAAAACAUUGCUGUCUCAUCAGCGUCGAAUCAACAAAAUACAACCUUUGUUCAACAGAACACAACAAUUGUACAGCAGCAGACGACCAUGGUCUCGAACAAUCAGAUACCAAAUUUUCAAAGUGCAGCUUCUAAUGGCGGACAAACUGUCGAUCCUUCUUUAAAUCUCGAUAACCAGUCAUAUAUUCUAAGUUCCGGUAUGAUUCAGGGUAAAGCGGCGUCAUCUUCUCCGAAGAGCGGCGUAAAUUCGCCGUUAUCUGAUCAAAAUGUCGAACAACAGCAAUAUGUACUUGCUAGUAGUAGCACGACAGUCGUGGAAAAAACGGCUCAACAAAACGAACAGCACAGCCCAUUGAUGGCAAGGCAUUCUGUAUCGACGCAAACCGCAGGGAACCAAACGAAUGUGGCGCAAUCGACUAUGAUGCGGCAAGGAUCUCCACCCGACACAACCACUCAUAGUCCAGGAAACAGUCAGAGAUCCAAUAGUCCGGCUGUAGACACUACUACACAUGGUGCAGCAUCGCCAGCGCCUCCAAUUACUGCUAGACAUCAUUCAUCGUCCACGCCCAUGGUUCAUUGCGUAUCGAGCAGCGAACCGGACUCAGGCGACACACAGGUGGCGUCGGAGGAUUGGAGAAUGCAGGGUAUCGCCACCAAGGAAAUUACGUUAAAUCAACCGAGUUUGCACGGAAAGACCUACGUAGAGUCGACGGUGACAACUGGGAUCCAGGUUGGUACCCACGUAGAGCAGGUCAACCGUCAUCUAACUGUAAUAGACAUGCACCAGCCGGCUGAUACGACACACCCAGAAAACACAUACGCUGACUCACAGGAGCAUAUGGACACAUCAUCACCAAAUCAUUCCAUUAAUUCAGACACAAUGGACCACUCUACCGUGGAAGAUCAACUAAACGUCAGUAAAGAAAUGACGGACGUUUCCUAUUCGGAGAUCGAGGUCAAUCCGUUACCAAUCAUAGGUCACGGUCAUUACCAGCCAAUCCUUUAUCACGGCCAGCAUUAUGUCCCUAAUGCGAAUGUUUAUCGACAGCAAGCCUUAGUGCCAGAUCAUGCUCAUUACACCAUGUUACCGCAAAUUAAUGGCAAGUUUGACAACAAAUCGUGCAUCGAUAGCAGUCGUGUUGAUACUCAAAUCAUGCAACAUGUCAUGGAGCAAGACGAGAUCGAGCAAAAUUCCGAAGAGAAAUUAUUAGAACGAUCAAAUACCGACGUUCCUUAUUGUCCGCAGAAUGUUGGCUAUUCGCAAAAAUUCGUUGGCAUCGAGUCAUCCGGCUUAUAUCCACAUUUGUAUAAUUAUAGGUCUGACCCUAAUGGUAUUGCUGUUGUUAAUUACACACCUAAUAAGCAAGCCUACAUUAAUCCAUAUGUUUAUAAUCAAUUCAUAUAUGCGCAAGAAGGCGAUGAUGCUGAGGAGAGUGACUCGUCAUCGGAUGAAUACCGAAAUGAUAAAAGUCUGAAAAACACCGUGCCUUCUUUGGAACCUUCAGUAGCAGAGACAAAGGACGUAGACGACGGAAACCAAUGGAAACUGAUGGUCGGUGACCUAGUGUGGGGCGCAGCAAGAGGAAGUCCGGCCUGGCCGGGGAAAGUCGAGUCUUUGGGCCCCCCGGGUACUAUGACAGUUUGGGUUCGGUGGUACGGGGGCGGGGGUGGUCGCACCCAAGUCGAUGUCAAGGCUCUCAAGUCCCUCUCCGAAGGCCUCGAGACGCAUCAUCGCGCCCGUAAAAAGUUUAGGAAAAGUCGUAAAUUGAAUAUGCAAUUGGAAAACGCGAUACAAGAGGCGAUGGCGGAACUGGACAAGAUGACGGAAGCCUCCAACGACCAGAAAGAUACCAAAAAGUCGCCCAAGGUGACAUCACUACCGGCAACCAACUCGAAGAGUGUCGGCGCCAACAAAUCGGAGGCCAAGAGAUCAUCGAAAAGAGCCGUGGCCACUGUGGACCAUGCCAAAACCGAACAAAAACAAUGUCGGUGA